AUGUCACCCAGAAGUGAUGCAGGCACUUUCAGAGUACAACAGGAAUCUUUAAUCCAGACUGCUUUCGCCAAUGAAGGAGUGAAUACAACCUGCAACGCUAUCUUCCCUUUUCAAAAGGAAAAUACAGACUUUAAAAUUAUUUAUUACCGAAUUAACUCAGGAGGUGAGAGAAUCAACGUUUACACGUGUCCAUUUUCUGAAGCAUUCUCUUCUGAAAAAGAGAACCAAACAGUGACUAAAAUUUGCAACGUUGCUAUUAAACCAACUGAACAUGCCUCUGCUAGUGGUGCUUACUACUGCCAAGCUAAAUGGAAACAUAGAGAAAUACAUGGAAUGGGGACAUAUAUCCUUUUUAGAGACAGAGGAUAUACUGAGCCUCCGCUUACUAUAUGGAUGUGCCUGAUCACCCUCACAAUUGUUCUGGUUGUUGUGAGUAUCGUGGGAACAGUAAUGCUGUUCUGGAAGAGAGAGGUGGUAUGUCUUGGGAGGAAGCACGUUGAGAAGCACCCAGCUCAAGGAUCGGAACCUCAAUAUCCUGCAAGCCACUCAGAGCUUCCAGGGUCCCUCUAUGCUGCCUUAGGACCUCAAGAACCUGACAUCUAUACAGUCAUGAAGGAUAAAUCACCAGAGAAAGAGAAGCCAAAACCUAAGGUAUCUUACCAGAAAACACAAGAGGAAAUAUAUGUUAAUGUGCAUGAGACUUUCUAACCUGCCUUCAGAGCUCAAAAGAUGGAUCUUAUUUCCCUCUGUAAAUAAACACGGAACUAACACACUGCUGUAUAAAACAAAAGGAUCUUCUGGUUUCAGUACAGAUCAGUAUCCAAAGAAGGCCCCCGUGGAGCAGCUCAGUAUUACUGUAGUCAGAUGACCAAAUUCAGUUCUGUGGUACAAAUGCUUGCUGCUGAACAGAAUGAACUCAAAGAGCGGAAAUGGAAAGCAUAAAGGGACCUAAGUAAGAACAAAACUAGA